UGUUCCGUUUCACCGGCACGAGCAAGUUCUACACACGCGGUUAGUGCGACGGAGCUCAUUCAAACUGAGACGGUUCUGGAUCUGGAGUUAUUACGCAUCGAUUCAGAUAGUUGUUAGCAGCUUUCGACGCAGUCACUUUACAUUUUUUUAAACACAAGGCAGCUUUUUAGACGGGGUUGAUUUUCGAAUUAAUUUUCUUGUUAUCCCGCGCGCGCUCUUGUAACGACACGGUGUGUGCGCGCGCUAAUUAGCUUAGUGGCUAGCAAAGCACUAUUCUUCACAGGACUGACAACUGCAACGUGUGGAUGCACCCCUGCUCAUCUGCAGUUACCCUUGCACAAUGGCAGUCUGUUCAAUUUGUUUGAUAUCUCAGCACCAAAGCAGCAGCAAAAGAUCUAGUAGAAUUACAGGAUAGCAAUAAAUUCACUCUAUACCUCACAAUUUUGUUUUCUGGCCAGUACCAGGUAUACAAAUUACAAGUUUGCACUACUAAAUCUCAGAAAUCCUGUUUAAACAGGUGGGCCUAAAGAACUUAUUUAUUUCACCAUUUACCUCUUUUAUUUACUAAUUGCUGUUGAGGCUUAGUAGUAUAUAAAUAGCUAUUUUGACAGUCAUUCAUUCCCUUUAAGAUUGUGAAACAAUUUCUUUUUAGUCUACAAUCAUGGAUUCAACAACUGCGACUGCAAUAAUAUUGGCCAGCACAAUGGGGCUGGCUACCCAGACUGCUCUGACCGAGUACAUGUGGCUGCUGAUUGUCGGCUUCAUCAUUGCCUUCAUCUUAGCCUUUUCCGUGGGUGCCAAUGAUGUUGCCAAUUCAUUUGGCACAGCUGUGGGCUCUGGCGUGGUCACCUUGCGACAGGCGUGCAUUCUGGCUACAGUGUUUGAGACUCUGGGCUCUGUGCUCCUUGGGGCCAAAGUGAGUGAAACCAUUCGCAAGGGAAUCAUUGAUCCAGGCUUGUACAAUGGCUCUGAGCACGUGUUGAUGGCAGGAUCCAUCAGUGCCAUGUUUGGUUCUGCUGUGUGGCAGCUGGCCGCCUCCUUCCUUAAGCUCCCCAUCUCUGGAACACACUGCAUUGUUGGUGCUACAAUUGGCUUCACACUGGUUGCCAAAGGCCAGGAGGGAGUCAGGUGGUAUCAACUCCUCCGUAUCGUUGCUUCCUGGUUCCUGAGCCCCCUUUUGUCUGGAAUAAUGUCUGCUGUUGUUUUCUACUUUGUGCGAAUGUUCAUCUUACAGAAGAAAGACCCGGUUCCAAAUGGAUUGAAGGCCCUGCCUGUCUUCUACGCUGUGACUAUGGGAAUCAACCUGUUAUCCAUCAUGUUCACUGGAGCUCCGAUGCUGGGAUUUGACAAGAUCCCGUGGUGGGGUACCCUGCUCAUCUCAUUUGGCUUUUCUGUGCUGACCGCCAUUGUGGUCUGGUUUAUUGUCUGCCCUCGCCUCAAGAAGAAGAUUGAACGAGAUAACAAGUCUUCCAGCCCCUCUGAGAGCCCCCUGAUGGAGAAGAGGGAGCUGAGAGAGGCCCACUGCCCAAUCCUGAAGCAAACUUCCAAGGAGACCUCUACGCCUACCACUCCAGCUGCCAAUCAAAGCUCCUCUGCUGAACCCCAGGCUGCCCCUGAGGAGCGUAGGGUGGCGUUUGACAUCGGAGAUUCUGACGAGGUCGACAGUAAUAAGGAACGCAAGGUGGCCUUUAACAUCGGAGAUGGUGAUGAAACCGACUACAGCAGUGCAAAUGAUGCCCCCAAACAGGUUGAAUCCAACAGUCAGGUCAACAACCAGCAAGUCGGCAACGGCUCCACAAUUUCAGCCAACCAGGUCCAGUUCAACAACCAGGUUCAAUUCAACAACAGGCCUCCACAGAUUCCAAGUAAUGGUUACAGCCAGUACCACACAGUCCACAAGGACUCCGGCCUUUACAAGGACCUAUUGCACAAGCUCCAUCUGGCCAAGGUUGGAGACUGCAUGGGAGAGGGGGGUGACCGACCUAUCCGACGCAACAACAGCUACACCUCCUACACCAUGGCCAUCAUUGGCAUGCAUGGAGACUUCAAACACAAAGAUGGGGACUUCCGUGCCUCUGAGGAUGGCGACAAGGGCACAGGGCCAGGGGGCCCGGAAAGGAAGCGUGUACGUAUGGACAGUUACACUAGCUACUGCAAUGCUGUGGCAGAGCACACUACCCCUGAAGCUCUGGGAGAAGGUGAUGUGACACUAGAAAUGGGGAAGGACGAUGCAGGUAGCAGCCACAGCUCUCUGGAAGAGGAUGAUGGGCUGGAGGCAGACAGGCCAGAAGUCUCAACUCUCUUCCAGUUCCUCCAAAUUCUCACUGCCUGCUUCGGAUCCUUUGCCCACGGUGGAAACGACGUUAGUAAUGCUAUUGGACCAUUGGUAGCUCUAUGGCUGAUCUACACAUCCAGCAGUGUGAAUUCGACUGAGCCCACACCCAUUUGGCUGCUGCUGUACGGAGGCGUGGGCAUCUGCGCUGGACUUUGGGUGUGGGGACGCAGAGUGAUCCAGACUAUGGGCAAGGACCUUACUCCCAUCACCCCCUCAAGUGGUUUCAGCAUCGAACUGGCCUCAGCUGUGACUGUCGUGGUAGCCUCUAACAUUGGCCUGCCUGUCUCCACCACCCACUGCAAGGUGGGCUCUGUGGUUGCAGUAGGAUGGCUGCGCUCCAAGAAGGCGGUAGACUGGCGUCUAUUUAGAAAUAUCUUCAUGGCGUGGUUUGUGACAGUGCCCAUCUCUGGUCUGAUCAGUGCCGCCAUCAUGGCCAUCUUCAUUUACGGCAUCCUUUGAGCAUUCGGCUGCACCCCCAGAGGGGAAGGAGAAAGAAUCCGCUCCAGUGCGCACCAGAAGAAAAGGAGUAAAGUUGGAAGGCCAGAAUAUAUCGCUUACCUCAAGCCAACAACUUUGGAAGAAAAAGGAAAAAAAAGUUUAAAAGGACUUGUGAUAUGGGCCUGUGGUUCUUGGCUGCAUCAUUUUCCAGCUAGAAUUUGCUGUUUGUUCCAUUUGGGCCACAUUACUUCCAGCGGGAAGCUUGCAUUUCUUUGUUAUGACUUACUUUUUCAUAUCUCAUCAUUCUGUAAUGAAUUGUUAAUCUAAAUGCAUUUACUGAUUUUUCUUUUCUAAUACUCAUUCUUCCAUUUUUUACUUUGCAAUUAUGUAUAUACAACCAUGUUCUGUUUUUACUUUUGUUUUACAUGUUAGAAUGAAAUGAACAAUUGAAAUUCAGUAUAAGCCUUUUGCAGAUAUAACUCACCAGUCAUAACACAUGCUGAAAGUAGAUGCAAAAGCAGUAUUUUUAAGGUAAAAAAAAGUUAUUUGUGUGUUUUUUUUUUUCUCCACCCAAUUCCAAGUAAUUGUUAAUUAUUUUUUUGCAUCUGGCUUCUUUGUCCCUUAAACUGUGGGACAUUAGCUCCCCCCUCACUUGUUAUAGAACAAAAUUGACUUUAAGCUGACCGUAAAUUCAGAGAUUGU